AUUCGAAUGAGCCAUUUUAAUCUAGAUUAAUCUAAUUAAUUCAAGAUCACAGUGAGAUUAAUCUAUAUUAAAAAAAUUAAUCUAUGCCCACCACUAAUUACAAUACAAUGCAUUUCAUGAAACUAUCCGGGGCCAUAUUUUUGCAUAAUAUCAGUUAAGAAAAGAUGCUUUAAGUAUUUUAUUUUAUUUUAUAUUAAUUUUAUUACUUUAAAUGUAUCCAGUAAAAAUACUGUACUACAGCAAUGACAUACAUGACAGAGAAUUGUGGGAAUUAUAAAAAAAAGAUAAAAAUACUAAGACUAAUCAUUGCAAUGACUAUUUUCCUAAAGUUAUAUUUUUAAUAUUUAACCUAUUUUUUUUCUUUUUUUAUUUCCUUUUUUGUCAAUUUUCAUGACACUUUUUUUUUUAUGAAAAUUAUAAAACAAUAAAAACCAACAAGCAAACAUCUUAAUAAAAUAUGGUCUUAAAAAUGAGGAAAAUGUGCUUGUCUUAAAAUAAUUGUCAGUAUGUAUAAUUUAAGUUUCUUUUAAUUAUAUUAUACAUUACAAUGUUUUCAUAACCCCCACCACCACCUCAAUUUACCAUUGUAACAUCUGUAAUUUUUGUAGUAUGUGUGAUAUUUAAAAUAUUUAAAUAGAAUCAUAAUAAAAUGUAAAAGAUGUGCUUCUGUGGAGCUUCGUUGCAAGUCAGGUAAUUAGAUUACAUCCCUUAUGUAACUGCUGCCUUCCUCUUUAGAUGACUGAAGCUGCAUUAAGCAUACAUGCUUUAAAAAAGCAACACGAAACUAUGAAGAAUUCAGCAGUAAAAUGAUCGUUCCACACUACUUUGAUCAUCUUCUAGUAGAAUUAGUGUAUUGAUACAGCUUAAAGCGAUUGGAUGCCUGGUUCUGUAUUUGGAAGGUGAGGAUGGGUGUUACUGUCUGAGGAAUUUAAAGUCCUCCCAGUCAUUCUCUCAUUCAGACGGAGCAGGAGAUCAUGGAGACUGGAGAUGUCAUUUUCACAAGGGACUUUGAGUGGUUAGUUUUUAACGGCUCCUCCACAAGUUCCUCCAUCAUGCUCAACAGUAGCUUGCACAGUCCCUUGCCCGAGGAAUUGUGCUUGGUAUCGGGAAGACCACAGCGUGCAUUCGGGACUGUAGGGGUGGUCGUCAUAAUAAUUAUCACUAGCUGCAUCAGCCUGCUAACAGUCCUGGGCAACGUCCUGGUUCUGCUUUCAAUCAAAGUCAACCGCAAUCUCCAAACCAUCAACAACUACUUCCUUUUUAGUCUAGCUUGUUCGGACCUUAUCGUUGGUGUUUUCUCCAUGAAUCUCUACACUGUGUAUGCCGUAAAGGGAUAUUGGCCUUUGGGACCGCAGAUGUGUGACUUGUGGUUGGUUGUGGAUUACGUCGUGAGUAACGCGUCUGUGAUGAACCUCCUACUGAUCUGUUUUGACCGGUACUUCUGCGUGACCCGGCCUCUGAGUUACCCAACCAAACGUACUGCAAGAUGGGCUGGGGUGAUGAUUGCCGCAGCUUGGUUACAGUCUCUGCUUCUCUGGGCUCCAGCUAUCCUGCUUUGGCAGACUGGGCAGGACAAGAGCAAGGUCCCAGAGGGACAAUGUUACAUCCUGCUCCUUGCGAACCCUGCUGUAACCCUGGCAACCACUAUCCCAGCAUUCUACAUUCCUGUUGUAAUAAUGACGGUACUGUACACGAAAAUAUCCCUGGCCAGUCAGAGACGGGUUCAUAAGUUGAAGCCUGAAUCCGCAAACCUGCUUGAUCCGUCUAAGACAAGUGGAGUAUCGUCAACCGCAAACCCUGACCUAGUGAAUGACAUUAAACCAGAUGACCCAUGCACAUUUAAACCUGAUUCAAAGCUCGUUAGAAUGAAACGGCUCUUUUCUGUAGAGUUCAGCAGGACGGAUGACUCCUUGGAUUCCAGUCCUGAUGCCUCUAUGGAAGAGCGAGGGCUGGAUGCAGAAACCUCAAGACCAAAGAACUCGACAGCCUGUGUGGAAACUAGUAGGACAAGGCAACCUCACUGUUUUCAAAACCAUACUGCCAUUCAGGUUCAAGGUAAAACGUCCAAGGUUGUUUUCAAAAAUGCCAAGGCUCUGAGAGAGAGGAAGGUGACGAAGACCGUCCUUGCUGUUCUUCUUGCCUUCAUUGUUACUUGGACUCCUUAUAGCGUUAUGGUUCUGAUUGGUACCUUCUGCCGUUGGUGUGUCCCUGAAAUUCUGUGGAUGGUGGGUUACUUUAUGUGCUACGUCAACAGCACGGUAAAUCCAGUGUGCUAUGCACUGUGUAAUGCCACAUUCAAAAGAACCUUUAAACGACUGUUGAUGUGCAAGUUCAGAAAUCUGACAUUAAAAUGAGUCGUAUUUCAGUCUCUUAUCAAUGACUCCUGGCCAACCAAUGAGGUACCUGAUUCGCUCAGAUGUUUUGUGACAGUGAAGCUGUUUUACUAGAUCCAAAAGUAAAAACGUGGAGUUGGUUUAGGUUACUGGUCUUUAUAAUUUUUUUGAUAAUGUAUGCAUUACGUGAACGAUUUUGACGUAUCAUAGUUGUUUGCAAAUGCAUUCUUACGCUAAAAGUUUGUGUAAAUCAAUGCAGUAGUUUAGAGAAGACCCUGAUUCUUAUUUUUUUGUGCAUAAUGCUGGUUUACCAGAGCCAAAAGUGUAAAUAAAGUGAAGUAUUUAGUUGCUCAUAUUGCACGCAUUAAAUGUAUCGCAAAGUCAUUAAGUUGAUACUUAUUUUUUGAGUGCGUCUUAAGUGGUUUACUAAAGUGAGAAGUAAAAAUAAACAUGUUUGUUGAGUUAUUUGUUAUUCACCAUGUCGCUAUAAUUGCAUUUGUUCUACGAAUUGUAUCAGAACGUUUUUUUUGUUGUUUUUGUUACAGUUUAAGACCGUUGCUCUUUGUGCAAAUUGGUAAAAACCAAACAAAAUUGCAUUGUGAUCUAGUUUUACAAGUAAAAAUAUACCUGUUAUUUUACGUUUAUAACAUUACAAAAAUUGCUAAUUUACAACUAUAUUGACGUCAUUAAAGUAAUUUUUCCAAGUUUGUACAUCUUGAACAAUAAAUGUGUAAACGUUGUUUUAAAAAAAAAGCACCAGAACGUAUUAUUGAAAAUACACUUUCAUUUAUUCACAACCUUUAGAAGUAAUCAGUUAGUGGUGUAAAUUUGAUUGUACAUCCAUCAAAUCUAAAAACAUAAACAUUUAUAAACAUAGAUACUUUAUAUAGGCCAUUACUUUCAGGAGCGACGUUCAUUUAAGCAUUCAGCUUACAUGUUAUAACGUACAGAAAUAUUUUUCAUUCGGUUUGUUGUAAUUUACAAAUGCUUUAGGGGCAUAAUUAGGCUCUCGCCAGUUUUUCUCUUUAGUAAAGACAAUUUGUUAGACAACAGGUUUGCUGUGGCCAGUUUUAUACAUGCAAAGUCAAUUACAAUUAAAAAUUCGCUACAGAGAUCAAAUUACGACAGCAUAGACACGUACAUUUACUAAUUACAAAACAAAGAAAGUGGAAAUAAAAACAACAGGUAGGGUUACAGUUUUUUUUUCCUCAGCAUUCACCUUUUGGAGGAUUUGGGAGUGUCACACAGGAAUG